CACUGGUUCGUGGCGCAUUGGGCGAUAGUAAAGGUCAGGACGGUCCAGAGCGAUCGCUGCAUUGGCGACGGCGACCAGGGAAGAGCGAGACGGCGCCCAUGACACGAUGUCUUCCUGCUGUGUGUCCUUCAUCCAUCUAAAGGACAAAUGUCCUCGACCGCGUGGACUUCUUAACCUACUUAUCACCAAAGCAUGCAUGUUGGCGUUGCUGUUCGGAGCGCUGUGGGCAGUAACAGGAAGUGAGUGUUUGCCAGGAGGAAAAGUGUUUGGCAUCAUCAUCAUUUUCAUCAGUGCCGUGUUGGGAGGAAGACUGCUUGGAUUGGUGCGCUUGCCCCGCCUCCCCCCUCUCCCGCCUCUACUUGGCAUGCUGCUGGCGGGCCUGGUCCUGAGGAACGUUCCGUACGUGACGGAUGCCGUCUAUGUGGACGCUCAUUGGUCUGCAGCUUUAAGGAACAUGGCAUUGUCUGUCAUUCUGGCCCGUGCUGGUCUGGGUCUAGACCCUUCGGCGCUACGCCGUCUGAAGGCUGUGUGCGUGCGUGUGGCUGUUGGGCCAUGUGUGCUGGAAGCGUGUCUUGUUGCCGUGGUUUCUCACUUCCUGUUGGAGCUGCCUUGGGAAUGGGGCUUCCUACUGGGGUUUGUUUUGGCUGCUGUGUCUCCAGCUGUGGUGGUUCCAUCCAUGUUACUGCUCCAAAAAGAAGGUUAUGGAACCGAGAAGGGCAUCCCAACCCUUCUGAUGGCCGCUGGUAGUUUUGAUGACAUUUUGGCCAUCACAGGCUUCUCCACCUGUCUGGGCGUGGCCUUCUCCACAGGGUCCACAUGGAUGAACGUCCUGAAGGGUCUUCUGGAGGUGGUAGGAGGGAUCGUGUCGGGUCUGCUAGUGGGCAUGUUCUUGUGUUUAUUCCCGAGCGUGGAUCAGGAGGACCUGGUUCUGACUAGGACUUUCCUCUUGUUGGCGUUCUCCAUCUUCUCUGUCUUCUUCACCCAUGUGAUCGGAUCCUCUGGUGCAGGCGGUCUGUGCACGCUGGUUCUAGCCUUCCUGGCGGCUGUGGGUUGGGGCGCUGAGAAGGCAGCAGUGGCGGCCAUGUUGGCGAGGUGUUGGGAUGUGUUCCAGCCCCUUCUCUUUGGCCUGAUUGGAGCUGAGAUCACCAUAGCGACGCUCAGCAUCAACACCGUAGGUUUGGGCGUGGCUGUGAUCGGUAUUGGUCUGCUGCUUCGACUGCUUGCCACAUUUGUGUUGGUGCAUGGCGCCGGCUUCGUGCUGAAAGAGAGGCUGUUCAUCGCCAUCGCUUGGCUUCCUAAAGCCACUGUGCAGGCUGCCAUUGGCUCCAAGGCGUUGGACACAGCGAGGGAUGAGGGCGAUGAGGUCAAAAUCCAGUUUGGUUUGGAUGUACUAACAUUAGCCGUGUUAGCCAUCUUGAUCACGGCCCCCAUCGGGGCGCUGGGAAUUGGCCUGGCAGGGCCACGUCUACUGACCCAGCAGGUCAAAGGGUCUGAGGCAGGGGGCGGAGCCACAACUCAGGGUUGUCAAAGUCAAGACCCCGUGAUCUGUGAAAGCAGGCUGUGA